UUGCAGUUACCCGACAUUUCCCAGUCUUCAGGAUGAACUAUUUAUAACGGAGACGUCACAACUUGUCACGGCCAGUCCUGUCUCGGCUUACGGCCAGCGUACACCGAAAGAACGUCUUGAAUCUGUCCGGGUAUGAAAUAGAGGUUGACGCCGGGGGCGCCAUCUCCCAAUAUUUUCUUAUUUUCCGCGAAAGAUAUGGCUCGGUUCGGAAGGCGUGCUUUUCAUGAGCCAAAAUUAAAAGUUCUCUCAUGAAAAAUACGUUGUUACGAUUACAGGAUACCCUAGAAUUUUAAAAAUUAAAAAAAAAUAAUUUUUCGUCUGAUCUGUCGUCAGGAAAAAAUUCAAAUUCAAAUCUUUCAAAUUAAACAGGUUUUCGCUAGGCUUAUCUCUUUUCUUGCUUGUGAAUUUGUGCACUAGCACUAAGUUGAACGCAAAUAUGCGUAAAAUAUUGACAGGGUGCAUAUAUAAAAUAUUGACUUAAACAGGUUUUUUUAUGCAUACAAUUUGCUUAUGUCAAGCUUGUAUGCACUUGUGGGUUUAGCAGAGUGCUGAGGCAUUCAAAUUCUAACAAUACGUUAUUUCAAUAGCUGUGUUGUUUUUUUUUUUGGGGGGGGGGGAUCCUGUACUGUAUACGAAGUCAAUUUUGAGACAAUCAACUUCAAAUUCUAAAGGUUACAAUCUGUUUUAUUUUUACCUAGAGCGUGAAAAGACUUGAAAAGACUCCAAUGUUCUGGUCAAGGUAGGUAUUACACAUAUUACACGAUAUUAAAAGAAAUUGCCUUUCAAAGCAUCAGACUAAUGUUGCUUAGUUCACACACGUAUAUUUCAAGCAACAAAACAUUCCGAGGAACAAUGUAAACAUACUCUUAUCUCCUCCGUUAGCCCGCGUGCAGGCCCACCGAGGGAGAAUAGUGGGCCUGCAAGCAAGACCCGGUAUUUUGUACUUUCCGCGUUCGCCCACGAACGCAGCAUUCUGAUUGACUGUUUGCUGUUGGAUUCUAUAAUUAGGUCAGUGAUUCGUCACAAAGGCUCUCGAUAAGCUUAUAAAAAUUGGAUCUGAUCACUCUUUUCGAUUAAAAAUGGAACAAGAACAGACUGUUUAUUGUUUACUUGAAGGAAGAUAUGUUUUUGCCGUUAUGCCAACGUAUUCGAAACACUUUGCGAUUUGCAAGGCUUCGCUGAGAGAGCGAAACAGAAUACGGUAAUUGCCGUUUGAAAUGAAACGAUCUGGACUCUGAACGCUCUCUUCUUCUGUCGAGUUCUUUACCAAAUGACAUUACUGAAAUAAAUUUCGUACUUUCCGCCGCCAACAAGAAUUGCACACACGAUCUGAUAAGUGAGACAAUUUAUUUAUAACAAUGGCGACAGCGAAGCACACAUUAAUGCUAAUGUGGUCGCAUGCACGACUUCCCUCACGAUUUGAAGUUUGAGACUGGUUUUCUGUUGAAAUUCGUCCCAAUUUGCCUGUUCCGAUUUUAGUUGAAAAUGAGCACUUGCAAAUUUGGCAAUUACUGACUGCGUUGCUUGCUUUUUUGGAGUUAAAACGCAGCCAUUGUUUCUAUUUUGAAUAAGCAGAGAAAACCCCGCAACAUUUUAAUGCGAGUUUGUUUGGUACUAUUUGGGUUGCUGUCAUUGGUUCUUUUUUGACAAUUGACGCGCGAAUGGGGCGUGUUAGGGACUGGUCAUAAAGUAACUGCUAGGGUGGGCUGGAGGUAAAUCACAAAUUUUGCCAAUAAGUUUGGUGACCCAUUUUAGGAUUUAGAUAAAAAUUUCAAAACCCAUCUAAUCUUACCAAAUUUAUUUCAUGACCCACCCACCCAAUCUAAAUUGGGAAAAUACAAUUUUAUAAUAAAAAAAAGCUUGCAGGUAUGAACAUUGUAAAUAUACACUGGCACUGUAUUGACAUACAUAAUUCCACCAAGCUUGACCAACACAUUCAUCACCAAUUACGAUACUGAGCUGCUCUCCAGUUGGUUGUAUUUGCUGUGAUUCGACCACUUCUUGUUGUUGUAUAAAACAAAGUACUGGCUUCAAUAGCAUCAUUUGCAUUUGAUAAUUUGGAUGGUUUUGUUUACUUUUAUUAUUAAUAUAUUUAUGUAAUAUAUAAUUAACAUGGGUUUUUGUUUGGUGGCCCAACCGUGGACAUACCAAAAAACUGGCGGCCCAUCGAAAGUGCCCAAAGAUUUUCCAUGGCCCAUCCCAAAUCACUCCAGCCCACCCUGGCAGUUACUUUAUGACCGGUCCCUUAUGAAAAGGGGCGUUUUACAAAAUACCGGGUCUUGCUUGCAGGCCCACUAUUCUUCCCUCGAUGGGCCUGCACGCGGGCUACUCCUCCGUACGAUGAGGGAGCGUAUUCCUUCAAAGUCUCAAAUUUCAAUUUCCAACCUGCGAACGGGCAUACUCUGCGCACGAGAUUAGGGAGAAUUAUACAACCUGUGGUUGUGGAAUUAGGCCUCGGUCAUGCAUAUUAACCACUAUGUAUUUUCCUUUUUUAGUUGUCUGUUAGCAUACUGUUACGGUGUUUGGUUUAUUCAUCUUCCUGCCUACGUGAGAUCACAUCAUAACAUAGCCAAGGCAUUACACAACGCUUACGAGGUGAGUCAAAUGUGCAUUUCGUUAUAUACAGUAUUAUGUUUGUGACGU